AUGCAGCUCUUUGCAAAGCAAAUUCUUGUUGAUCAACAUGGCAAAGCUGUCAACUUUAAACUAUAUUCACUCGGAAAACCUCAUAUGAGAAGUCUACACUUGGCUUGGCUUUCUUUUAUGAUUGCUUUUACCGCAUGGUUUUCUAUUCCACCCUUAUUGACCAUUAUUUCAAAAGAACUUAAUAUUGCUCCAGAUAAAACAUAUGAUUCUAAUAUAGCCUCUGUUUCCGUGACAAUUGUGGCACGUCUUGUUGUUGGACCACUAUGUGAACGAUGGGGUCCUCGACGUGUGAUGGCUGGUCUACUUAUUUGUGGUGCAAUUCCUUGUGCCAUGACUGGUUUGGUAAAGGAUGGUACUGGCUUGAUCAUUCUAAGAUGUACUAUUGGUAUUCUUGGAGCUACCUUUGUUCCUUGUCAAUUUUGGACAACUCAAAUGUUUGCCCCUUCGAUUUUGGGGACUGCCAACGCCAUCACUGGAGGAUGGGGAAAUAUGGGUGGUGGUAUUACCUAUCUUUUAAUUCCUGGUAUUUAUAGUGGCCUUCUUCAGCAUAUGACUAGCUCACUUGCUUGGCGUGUUACAUUCAUAUUCCCAGCAGUAUUUUGUAUAACCAUCGCUUUAUUGGACCUUUUUGUUGCCUCUGAUACUCCUCAAGGCGAUUGGCUUGUACUUCGACGACAAAAUCCUGGAUCCCAUACAGACCUUUCAUCUACCAAUACUAGCUCUGGAUCCGAAAAUAUCGAGUUGGAAAAAGGAAUGACCAAUGACAAAGUGACUAUCCAAGAAAAUGAAUCCAUUGCAAGUGUUCAAAAGUCUGAACCAUUAACAGGAGUUCUUUAUUCAUUCGUUCGAACUCUGAUUCGUCCUAGCGUGUUAAUAUUGAUUUGCCAAUAUGCAUGUUCUUUUGGUACAGAACUUGCUAUAGAUAACGUCAUCGGUAGUGUGUUCUUAACUCGCUUCAACUUGGAUACUGUUACUGCAUCUUAUAUUGGCUCCAUCUUCGGUCUUCUCAAUAUAUGUUCUCGUUUUUCAGGUGGUCUUUUCUCAGAUUAUUUGGCUAAAAAAUUCCAUCUACCUGGCCGUAUGCUCGCUCAGUUGAUCCUUAUGUCUUUGGAAGGUGCCUUUUUAAUUGGAUUUAGCUUCGGCUUAGGUUCAAUGCGUGAUUCUAUUGUUUUGAUGGUCUUUUUCAGCUAUUUCGUUCAAUCUGUUUGUGGCUCCACCUAUGCUAUCGUUCCUUUUGUAGAUCCAAUCAACAAUGGAAAAGUCAUCGGUAUUAUAGGUGCUGGUGGAAACUUUGGAGGUCUAGUAUUCAAUCUGAUGUUCAAAUCAUACGCUGGAAAUUUUGAACAAGCUUUCAUUGUUUUGGGAAUCAUUACACUCUCUGUUGGUGUAUGUGGCUGCUCUCUCCUUAAUGUCCAAAACAAAAGAAUUUGGCAUAUCAUUGGCAAGCGCUAUGAAUGAUCUUCUCGACCCAUCUUUACUUCUUUUUUUUUUCUUUCUUUAUUCUAUCUAUAUCCUUUUUAUAUAGCUUGUUUAUAUGUUUUAUAUGUUAUCUUAUUUCAUUAUAUAAUAUUUUUUUUUUAUAUCUAUCAUACCUUAGUGC